AGGAGCUUCUUCUAGGCCUGCUCAAUAUAUGAGCAAGUGGCCGCAUAUCUCGGUCGAGCCUCUACGCAUGGCGUUCACAUGGCUUUUCGAUGCAGGCAUCGACCUCGGAGAGAUCACGAAUAUCAUGACAUAACCCCAAAUCUGCGUGCCACCUGGAAUUCCUGUCGCUUUUUUUACCCACCAUACAGGACAGCGCCACCACGAACUCGUAUUGGCCACGUGUAUGAGCUUUCAUAUGUAUACAUCGACUUACUACUACAGACACGAUGAUGUCAUGGUGUCGCGCGAACGUCAACCUGGAUGUAGACACGGUCCGGACAACCACUCCUUGAACAAUAACCAUCAUCACCACGAGGAGACCCCUAAAUGUCACAAGUGCCGUGAAUCACCUCAAGACGGCAGCAAACUACGAAAAUGCGGCGGUUGCACCGGUAUCCUAUAUUGCAGCAAGCAAUGCCAGAAAGCCGCAUGGCCAGCUCACAAGGUAUUCUGCCUCCACAUCGCCGACACCGCGCGGGACUUCUCGCUCAGCGACCACGAAGUGCAGCGCUUCGGCUACGCGUCCGCCGCCGCCAUGACGCGGACGAUGUCGGAGUUCAUAACGGCCCACACGUGGGCCUUCGACACAACCGUCGAAGUGCAAACCCUCCUCCAGAACGGGACCGCGAUGGACCUGUGCACGGGCCCCCAGCAGCUCUACCUCAUCGAGCUCGCCUGCGCGGACGGCCCCGCGCACGGGUUCAUGCCCCUCACGGAGUUCUUCCGCACGGACGACGCGCCGAACGCGGCGCAGACGCACGCGGCGUUCAUGCAGGAGUUCCGCAUGACGCACGCGGCGCUCGGCGCGCAGAACUACCCGCUCUACGCCGGGCUGAUGCCCGUCAUGUUCGAGCUUGGGGGCGUCCUCGUGCACCUCUCGCGGCGCGUGCCCGUCUACCGCCCCCCGCGCGCGCUCCCGCUCGACGCGGUCACGACGGCCGCGCUCGGGGACCUGGUGCGCCUCUGCGUGGGCAGCAUCAACGGCGGCGCGCCGCUGGGCAACGUCGACUCCGAACGGCCGCAUCUGGCGGUCCCGGGGCAGUUCGUGCGGCGCGACGGGAAGUGGGCGUGGACGUGCCAGUUCAAGAGUUGGGCGCAGUACCACGAGGCGGCGGGGCGGGCGAACGGUGGCGUGCUGGAGAUGGUGAAGGAGCUGCAGUUUGGGUGGGCCCCGGAAGGUUUGAUGGAUGUGUAUGCCAAGGAGGAUGAGUCGUGCUAG